AAAGGAAAAACCUAAUAUUGUUAGACGUAUUCAACAUAUCAAAGUGCAACCCGCCAGACGUAUCCGUUGGGCUUUAAGACGUAUUCUAGCACUUUUCAGACAAAGUUAUACAACUGCCAGACAUAUCUGUUGGGCUUUCAGACGUAUCCUAGUACUUUUUGGCCUUCGUAAUAUUCCGUUAUUAAAAAAUUUACAAACCUUAAAAUUAUUUAACGCCCGUCUUGCUGACUCUCAGGUUGCUCCAAUAUUGCGGUUCUCCA